UAUAUAUUACAGCCAGAAACACAAAUACACGAAUGCAAUAUCAAAGUUUGCAUCUUUCUGUUCUGAAGUUCAAUUUUUCCAUUUCUUAGGUGGUAGAGAGAUUGAAACAGAGCAGACCCAAGAUGAAGUUUUUGUGGGUUGGCAUUGUUGUAGUGCUAGUUUUCACCAAAUGGGCUAAUGGGUUUGAGGAGCAUAGUUUUAAUGAAACAGAGCUGUCCUGGUUGGAGGGCUAUGGAGAAUCCAAGGCUGCUGUAACUGGGGUGAUGGUAGGACUAACCCUUAUUCCAGGAGCUGGUGCCAAAGGAGCAGUCUGCCUCGAUGGAACCUUACCCGGGUAUCAUUUGCAUUGUGGGUACGGGUCAGGAGCAAAUAGCUGGCUUAUUCAAUUGGAGGGGGGAGGAUGGUGUAACACCAUUAGAAAUUGUGUUUACCGCAAAACAACAAGGCGGGGAUCAUCAAAAUUUAUGGAAAAACAGUUGCUAUUUACCGGAAUACUAAGCAAUAAAGCUGAAGAAAAUCCAGGUUCAUUCCUCGAACUAAAUUUUAAAUUGGCACACACUGAAAUCUUCUUAUCCUGCGUGCUUGGGCUAUUUGUGGAUUUAGCUGUCUUACAGUUAUCUUAUCAUAUGGUGAUGCUUUAA